AUGAAGCUUAGCCAAGAAGUUCCGUUGCUAUACGAUUCGAAUGACGCCAAGGCCAUCCCAAGGUCGGAAGGCUGUCGUUCCGACGCAUCACUGGAGACAACGGCGAAUUUGACAGUUGCAUUCGCAGAGUGCGAUGUACUACGGCAACGAUCGAGUUCUCCACGUGGACUUUUACUCGCGUCGACAGUUAUAAUCUCUUUUCAUCCGAUGUUCGUAACGAAAGUUGACAAAUCGUAUCGAGUUCAAUGUUUCUACGCAGAAACUGCGAAGACCGUUACUCAAAACUUGAACGUCAGCGAAGGAAACGACAUGCAGAAGAAUGUGCUGGUUAUCAUUGGUGAUCAGGAUGCAACACCGAACGAAGGCCAAUCGUCAAAUGUUCUUCACGACGUUGCGCACAAACUCGUCGAUGAAACGCUCACAUCUACCGUACCAUUACCUGAAUGUCGGUACCAGAUGUGA